AUGAUGCGCCGCAGCAAAGAUGCUCUAGGGUCUGCAAGGGUCCUCGUCGAGCGGAAAAGAAGCGAAGCGUCGAAGCCUCCACAAAGUUCAAGCCAGGCCCGACGACCAUUCCAUCGGUGUCAUAAAAGAGGGCGUAACAUCUUAGCCGCAUCACCAUUUUGCUCCAUAACGAUUCGCAUCACCCAACGACAUCCUCGUUCUCGUCAUCCCGCUGUCCUCGAGCUCGGAUCCUCACCCUCCCGCUGCAGCGAUCAGCUCGCAUUACCUAAACAUUGUGGUCGCUCGAGCCCUCGCAAGUAA